AUGGGCUGGGCACACGCCCUGGCCCUGCGCCAGCAGAUCCACGAGAGCGCGCUGGAGGAGGAGGGCGGGCUGGACCCCAGGCUCAGGGUCGCCGACGGCCGAGCGCUGCCGCCGCUGAGUGAGGGGCUGCACGCCGCCUACGUGGACAACUUCCUGGGGUUCGGCGACUCCGCCGCGCAGGCCGACGCACAGCUGCGGGCCGCUCAGCGGGGGCUGGCCGCGGUGGAGCGCGAGCAGCUCGGCUGGCGCUUCGACGGUGCUGGAGGCGUGCUUCGUCCGAAAAUGGCGCGCCUCUGGCGCCUGCGGCUGGGGGCGCUCGAGCUCAGCCUAGUCGGAUUCGCCAGCGGGCGGCAGGUCGAGCGGAUAGUGGGCCACUUCACGUUUGCGGGCCUGGCGCGUAGGCUCCGCUGCUGCGAUGCGUCGGAGGAGGGCCGAGGGGCCGUCGAGAGGGACUUCGACUGGGAGAAGGUGGCGGAGGUCGGGAGGCGGCAGGAGAGGUGGAGGCACAGGCAGCUCGAGGGAGGUACUCCGGCGAGGCCACGCGAAGUGCUCGAGGAGGUCGUCGGGGAGAAGGUCGGGUCCGAGCGAUUCGAGGACGCGCCGAUCGACAUGGCGAGGGGGGGGUGGAGAGUGGCGUCGAGUGGAGGCUGGGAGCGGAGCGAGAGCAUCGCCACCCUCGAGGGCCG